AACUGAUACAUAGCUCAACAAUUUUUUUUGCAACGUCCCAUUUUGUAAAACGUUCUUUGGAACGUUAAUAAGUUUCCAAAAAUAAAAAAUACGUAACUCUUCGUACCUUUAAUGCAAUAAUAUGUGUAUUUUGAAGAAUGCCAAUUCAGGCGCCCUCAUGGACAGACUUUUUAAACUGUCCCAUCUGCUGCAAUGAAUUUGCGGCGAUUCAACGAGUGCCGAUCAGUUUGGGAUGUGGGCAUACCAUAUGCAAACUAUGCCUGACGACGCUUUAUAAUCGGCAAUGUCCCUUCGACCAGACAUUACCCGUAACUGACAUCGAAAAUUUGCCCAUUAACAAUGCUCUCCUCCAAUUGGUUGGCAAUGGAGCUGCCGUAUGCCCGGUUAAAGCAUCCUCUUCGAAAGAAUCUGAACUCGCCGACCUCAGUCAGAAUGUGCCCUCAAGCGUACAGGAACUUAGUCCAGAAGAUCUUAAGUGCUAUAAGCUUGGAAAGGAAUGCAUCGAAGACCUCGCAUUAUACCUUAAAUCCUUCCUAAACAAUGGAAAUCUGCUGACACGACCAAUGCAACGAAAGCUCGUUACAUUGGUGAAUUGCCAGCUAGUGGAAGAGGAAGGUCGAGUAAGGGCACUGCGAGCAGCUCGCUCGCUGGGAGAACGCACAGUGACGGAGCUUAUUUUGCAGCACCAAAAUCCACAGCAGCUCAGCUCAAACUUGUGGGCAGCGGUACGUACUCGGGGGUGCCAAUUUUUAGGCCCGGCCAUGCAGGAGGAGGUGUUAAAGCUGGUACUUUUGGCAUUAGAAGAGGGAUCUGCGUUAUCCCGAAAAGUUCUGGUUAUGUUUGUGGUUCAACGCCUUGAGCCUCAUUUUCCUCAAGCUUCAAAAACGAGCAUUGGCCACGUUGUCCAACUUCUCUACCGCGCCAGCUGCUUCAAGGUAUCCAAGCGUGAGGCAGAUUCUUCGCUGAUGCAACUUAAGGAAGAGUUCCGUACGUACGACGCGUUGAGACGUGAGCAUGAUGCUCAAAUCGUGCAAAUUGCCACCGAAGCUGGACUACGAAUCGCACCCGAGCAAUGGUCGUCUCUACUGUACGGUGAUAUAUCGCACAAAUCCCACAUGCAAAGCAUCAUUGAUAAGCUGCAAACCCCAUCGUCAUUUGCGCAGUCCGUACAGGAGCUGGUAAUUGCUCUGCAGCGUACAAAUGAUCCUGCAAAAUUGUCGAGCAUACACGACUAUUUUCAAUAUCUUGCCAGGAUAGAUCCAUGCAUUGAGACAGCGCAAUGGGACGUUGUGGCGAAAGCUCUGGAUGCGGUGAAACAGGCUGUGGUGGGGCUUGUGCACUUUUUACAGCACCACGGUGUCCGCAAACCGCAAGACAACAUUGGAGGGGGUACAGCCAACACGAGCAAUAAGUACAAGAUCAGUUUGUGUCGGGAUUUAAAUGCAAGGCGUGUGUGCCCUCGUGGCUCCAGUUGCACAUUUGCUCAUUCUGAAGAAGAAUUGGAACGGUAUCGUGCUCGCAAUAGAGCGAAACACUUGAAGGCUCCGUUGCCCAGCAUUCCAGCCAUAAACCAUAUGGUUGGAAAUUCGAAGAAAUCAAUGAACAUGGGCGAGGAAAGCAGCCCUCAUAGGGGUCCGAUAUUACCGAUGUCGCCCAUGCGAUAUAUGCAAACGGCAAAUAUUGGUAAUAGGGGCUUCGUCGAACCGAACUGUACCAUUCCAUCGCACAGUCAGUCCUCCGGCUCCAGUCAUCCUCCGCAACAGCUAAUUCACCCACAUCACAGUCCAAUAUCCCAUAAGACAACAGGACUCAAUGGGCUGCUGCCCCCAUCUCCUUAUGAACCACGUUUCAACUUUGCUGCAACGCCAACGCAGUCCGUCGGUCCACCGGGUCAUACAAUUCCACAAUCGCGAAAUUCAAAUUUGGAUUUCCAUGCACAUUCUGGAAACCUUCAACAACAACCACAACACAAUGUGACGACCGCCAUAAACCCACCGAAUUUCAACGUCAAUAGUAACAUCCACAAUCACGCCACGACGAUGGCGAAGAAUCUGUUCCCAUCUGACGUGUACCAGACACAUCCAGCUUACUUCAGGAAUGAGUGCGCUGGAAGUAAUGCCUGCAACAAUAAUGUAGAAUUAGCAGGAAAACUACACAGUGGUACCCCCAGUAUGUGGGAUCACUCAUUCUUGCCGCCGCAGCAGCCUACAAUGGGACCGUCCAGCAAGCACUCAAAUCGACCGAUGUCUAUUAUAACUGCAACAUCUGAUACCUCAUUUUUUGAAAAGAAACCGCCGAAUAAUAUUAACAUUAGCCUGGACAUAAACAAACAGCUGAGUGAAAUUGCACUUGAGGUAGAUGCAAUGUCUAUGCCCGCUGAUUCCUACAAUAGGCCAAAAAAUACCAACUCAUUUUCAUUUUGGAAUUCGAACAAGACGUUAGCUGAAGGCAAUAAUGACAAACAUUCGUUUCGGGACACGUCCAACUUUGUUCGUUCUGACUCCAUACUUGAUGAUGAUGCAUCUACUUUUGAUAUGCCCUCUGGAUCUUCUAUGGGUAGUCCCUACGGACCAAUUUGUCCGAAGCGAUCGAUACCGCCGACUAACUGGAACAAUUGGAUUAUUGAAAAUGACUCUACAAUUAAUCCAGAGUUCCUGAGUAACAACAAUACAAGAGUCACAGAUGUAAAUUACACAGUGUUUCCAGCUUCAACACAUAACAAACGAUCCAUUCAACUACAACCCAUUCAGAACGAGGCGAAGGCGGCCGGCAACAUAUCAAGGUUUAACUUCAAUAACGUAAAUGUUGCAGAUGCUAGGCUCAAGUCAUCAAAAAUUGUUGUUAGCAAUGAUAAUGCUAACAUAAACAAGAACUCAGGUGAACGUGAUAAUGUAUUUAUCUGGAAAAGUGAUGUGAAUGCAAAUGCGGCCAAUUUAAAUUCGACAAGUAAUUAUUGGAACAACAGCGAGGAAGCUUUAUCACAGUCGUCCCAUAAUGAAAGACUGAAGCACCAACAGCUCUUGGGGCGUAAACCUCAGUUAAUGUCCGAAGAUAGCUUCGAGGGUGGCAUUGAUAGCGGCAAGAUGAGUGAAUUGGAGAAAGAAUUAAAUGAUAUUGUGGAAUUAAACGAUAGUGGCAUUAAGCUAGACUGACUAAGGCCAUUUGGACAUCAUCAAACUAAAGCAAAGUAAAAAGAAAUACAAUCAUUUGAAACAUUUCUACACCUGCAGGACACUUACAAGGUUUGUGCUCGAACAUAUAAAACACCAUGCGCGAAAGAAUAUAAAAAUUGCAACUGUAAUUUAUCUAAAUAUUUAAAUGCCGGGCUUAAGUUGCUACACACACAAAAACUAUAUAUACUGAAGAGAAAAAAGACAGAUCGGUUGAAUUUUAGGUAACUAAAGCUAAUGGUCUUCUGGCACUAGACUAAUAACUAAACUUAAAGACAGAUCACAUGACUUGAAUUAUGAUUUACAUUUUUAUUUUUCCCUCCUAACGCCUUUUUCCACAAUCAAGCAACAUUUCUAGUCUGGUGUUUAGUGUAGUGUCAUAAGAUCCGAAAGCAUUGGGCCGCAUUAGUUGAAGUUUCAAAAGAAAUGUAAUACCAACGUAGGAAAUUUGUAUUUUUCUUGUUUUCCAAUUCUGCAAGCCAAUUAAAUGAGUAAUCAUGUAUUUGUUUAUACUAUAGGGGAGUUCGUAUAAAGUGAAUUCUAUAAAAUUUCUAUAUUGAUGGAAACAAAUCAAGCAGGACAGAAUAAAAUCACGGAGACUGCAAACUGAAUGCUAAAUCUAGGAGCAGAAAUGAAUAAUAAUCACAUCCCCAUUUAACUAAUCAGUUUUUGUUUAUAGUCGAGAUCGGUAUAGAUUGGGUUAAAGAUAAACAAUUUGUAUGUGUUCUUUUUUUCUCAUCCCAACGGGGUUUUUUUUAUUUAUAUACUAUAUGUUAUUUUAUUAUACGUUUUGUGCACGUUAAAUGCGACAGAUCAAAUUGUACUCUUUUAUGUCUGUGAGAAACAACGUUAUCUAAGCAUGUAAUAGAGACAUAAAAUUAAUAAUUCUCAAAAUCGCAGAAACUAAACUAUGAUAAUGCUUUUAAUAAGCCAAGUUUGAAAAUGUUAGUUAACUACAAAGCUAUUUAAAUAUCUUCAAAUGAGUAAUUUCGAUGGACCCAAAAUUGUUUUGAGUUUAUCACUU